CCCCCUCUCCAAUAAUCCAAAAACUAGAAGACAAAACAACACUUCUCAUUUACUAGAAAAUCAUGUCGCUGCUUCCAUUUGUUACCGAACCUUUCUACUCGCUGGCCGACUUUGAUCGUCUUUUCGACGAGGCCUUCUCGAGCCGGACUGGUGCUGGCACUGUUGCUACCACUGAGCCGGCGACUGCUGUAACGAGACCCUUACGGCCAAGAAUGGAUCUCCACCAGGAUGAAAAGACCAACACUGUGACCGCCACGUUUGAACUUCCGGGUCUGAAGAAGGAAGAUGUGGCGAUUCAGGUGCAAAAUGGCGUCCUGACGGUGUCUGGAGAGUCAAAGAUCUCCAGCGAUCGCGAGGAGAACGGCUACGCUGUCCGCGAGCGGAGGUUUGGAAAGUUCUCCCGGUCGCUUGGCUUACCCCAAGGCGUGAAGAGCGAGGACGUGAAGGCCAAUUUGGAGAACGGCGUGCUGACGGUGAGGUUCCCGAAGAACACGCCGGAGGCCGCUGCUAAGAAGAUCACGAUUGCUUGAGCAUGAGUGGUCGACUAGCCAGGUAGUUCAUCGCCUGGCCGGCUGCUUGGACAGUAUUGGAUCAAAGAUUGUACUCGUUUUCAAUCCCAAUUGUAGCAUAC